AUGGAACUCGAGAUGCACUCUCCGACGUUCUCCCCUAUGCGCACUGGUCCAACAUUGAAGCGGUCGCGCUCACCUUCGCCCACUCUGAGUGAUCGCCCCGCUAAACGCGCGGCGCUCGCUCUGGUAGGACAUCUUCAAUUACCGCCUCGACCCGCGCCCGUCACUGCGCCAGACAUCCACGCGCCACAAGAAUCAGGAUGUACUCAACGGUCGCCCGAAGAUCUUGUUUCUCAAACACGACUGGCCAACCUUCGUCUCGAUAGCCCUGGACUGAACGCGGGUGACUUUCAGCUUCCGACGGAACAGGCGAGUGCGGACGAAUGCAUGGAAGCGGACACCCAGCUUACGCCCAUGGAUGGCGAUGUCAGCAUGAGCCAGGAGAAGAUCCCUAGGCCCUCGUGUCCAUCAAUACGAAUCUCUACGAGCGCUUCCUCCUUGGCGACACCCUCAGCCUCCGAUCCCAGCCCGCAACCUCUCGUCCUCCCUCACGUCUCCCGUCCUUCAUCUCUCCACCCGCUGAUAUGUAUCCAGCCCGCAACGCCCUCCACGCCUUCCGCUUCGUCUAUAUCUCCGUCACCCUCCUCGACCACACAGCCUCAUUCUCGCUCUCCUUGGGGAACAGCUCGUUCCGUUUCGCCUGCCCACAUGUAUUUCUCCGCUUCGCCUCCCGGCCCGAUCAACUCUCCAGGCCACACUCAUCCAAGUCCAACUGCAUCUACGAACGGCCCACGCAAGGUCCUCCGCUUCAGCAUGGGACCCCGCGCGGACUGCGAGAAAUGUAGACAAGGUCUCAAGGGUCACUCCGUCCAUCUAGACUAA